AAACAUACCUUAAUAUAUACUAACAAACAUACCUUUCACUAACAAACAUACCUUAAUAUUAACUAACAAACAUACCUUUCACUAACAAACAUACCUUUAUAGGAGGAUGAACACAUUAUGGGAGCGUUAUCACAAACUCUUCCCAAAGAAACGAUGUGCCGUCAUAUUCGUCGUUUACAUGGCUCUCUUCAUAACCCAAGGACUAACAGUGACCGCUACCCAAAAACCAGAUCAUAAAUACGAAUACAACACGGCCACUGUGGUGUUAUUGGCUGAAGCAGCCAAGCUUGUCACUUCGGUCGUCAUAUUCGUGUGUCAGAAUUCAUGGGAGGAAUUUAAGAUCGAGAUAAGAAAGCGAACAGCCCUUAUUGGCUAUUAUUUUAUACCGGCGGUGUUGUAUUGCCUUUACAACAACCUCCAGUUUACUAGCCUGUCUUGGUUCGAUCCUACUUCCUAUUUCGUUCUCAUGCAGUUCCGGGUAGUGGUCACUGGGGUUUUAUUCCAGUUUAUAUUCAAGAAACAGUUAACACGGAUGCAGUGGUUGUCUCUAAUAUUACUGACUAUUGGCUGUACUGUUCAAAGGCUACAAGAAAACGAUAUCGGAAAAGUAUCACUGGACGUGAACAUAUACUGCGUGCUAAUCCUACUUCAAGUUCUAUCAUCCUGUUUUGCGGGAGUCUACACGGAGUUCAUCCUUAAAACCCUUGGUCGGGACACCCCUGUGAUGGUACAGAACGUGUUCCUAUACCUGGACAGCAUCUUCUGCAACCUCGUCCUUCUUACUUACAACGGUCAGGUUUUCACCUUCCUCAGCUAUCAGAACCUCCAACCUGUCCUCUCCUUCAAAGUUAUCUACAUAAUUAUUAACCAGACCUGUAUUGGGAUAGUAGUCAGUUUGUUCCUCCGAUACUUGAACUCAAUCUUAAAAAGUUUCGCCAGCGCGCUGGAAAUCGUGUUCACCGCUGUGCUUGCCAUGGUUUUCUUCGGUGUUCCGAUAGGGUUUAACACGAUUAUCAGUAUAUUAUUAAUAUUCGUAGCGACGUAUCUUUACUCAGCUAACCCUGUAAAUAACAGUGCUGCGGACAGUAGAGAAUUAAGUAAAGAAAAUAUUAAUAAUAAUAGGCCAAGGAUUAUUAGUUCCAGUGAUAAGGUAUAAAAAGACUACAGUGUUUUUAAUGGUAGCUUUUAGAAGUAAGGGGCGGACCAGAAUUAACUUUACUUACGUUGAAUUGGAAGUAUCAGGACCCUCUGUUUAUUGAUGUGUCUCUGAAUAUGAUCAACUAAACCAAUGAUGUUAAUUCUGGCCCAACCUGUAAUAUACAAUAUCUAAACCGGAGUUUGUUAUCGGAAGAUUGUCCUGCUUUCACUUUCAGUCUUUCAAGGUGAGAAAUAAAACAAGCUUUUAGACACUGCUGUUUUUAUGAUCAUGCAAUUAAUGUUUCCAUCCUUUGUGCUCGAAGUAAAUGCCAAGAUAUGCCGCAUUAUACAACUGUUUAUCGCGGAGGUUUUGAUAUUAGCUUUUAUUUAAGACCAAUUUUUGACUAUUAAUCAAGAUAUGUUGGUGUAAUGAAUUCAGUAUACUUCAUUGGGUAUUAUUUUCUUCGGUUAUAAUGAUGAAAGUUUUGUGUCAUUUUCAAAGUCGCAGCAAAAUUUAUACGCUAGAAACGUUCUGACGACCAAACAUGUUUUGAUCGUGUUUGAUAAAUAGUGCAGAUAGUGCUGAUAAAUAGUGCAGUUUAUAGUGCAGUUUAUAGUGUAGUUUAGUUUAUAGUGUAGUUUAUAGUUUAGUUUAUAGUGUAGUUUAUAGUGCAGUUUAUAGGGAUAAUAAUAACGAAACAUUGUGGAAAAACGUUGGACUCACUUGAAUAAAAAUGCACACUCAAAAAAUUAAAAACCCCACAUAACAAAAUUCUCGAACAUAAUAAGUAAUAACCCCACAAUAUUAUGACUGCCGAAAAUAAUGCCCAAUAAAGGACUAGGUCGGCUCAGCUGUUUUCUAGACUUGCUAUAAAUGUAAUGUAAAUUAUAAGUUUCUCUAGGUUAGCUAGUUGUUAUAAAUGAAUGUGUUAAGUUGUUGCCAAUUUUUAAAUCUUCGAGAUCGAGGAAUUAUAUAAUAUGAGUAUCAUGAACUGAAUCUCUCUUCACAUUAUUAAAGAAUUGUUAUACAGAUUGUUGAACAUGUUGUGGUGUUAUUGUUACGUAUAUAUAUAUGACUUAAAGGUAUUUGUUACGGUAAUAUGGUUAUGUUGUUUAUUUAUAGGACACUGUGUGUUGGUUUUGUUUGGUCUAAUAUGUUGCACGUUAUAAUAAUCAUAUAAAGCCAGAUGUCAACUAGAUUUCAGAGGUUCUACUCUAAUUGCCUUAUCUAAUCAGUAGUUGAUAGAAUUUCUGAUCACGGUAGUCCCCUUCUGCGACAAAAAAUUCCGUCUUUAAGUAGUGUAGACCAGUUUGUUCAAUGUGUAUGUUCUGUUUAAUCAAUUUGUCUACUCUUUAUUUAUGUGACGUCAGUUUUCCAAUACUUUUUUGCCUUUAAUCUGUUUUUGAGAUGUGUUUAUUUACUUUCAUAUUAAUUGUACUUUGAUACUUGUACAAUAUUUGUAUGUUUGCUGUUAGGGGUCGUUCACAUAUUACGUCAUCACUUUUUGGACAAUUUUUAACCCCCUCCCCCCUCCGUAAUCAGUUUC